AUGGGUCUCCCGAUCAAUCCAUUUGAACAGAUUAUUGCUAAGGAAUUUUUUGAAAAAAUUGAGAAUGCCAAGUUAGUGGCUGUCUUUCAUCAGUUACCAAUGAGUUCUGCUGAUCUCUAUGAAGCCCGACUCCAACUUAACAAAAUCAAUUUGGAAUAUCUGCAGCUUAAUAAUAAUAUAGUGAAAUUGGCAUUUACUGGAACAAAAUAUGAAGCCUUUCUGAAGUUGUAUGAAUCAACUACUGUGACCUUUGUUGGUGAUCAGCCUGCUGUUGCCAAGUUGCUUAAGCUUGAAAAGAAGAUUCCUGGCUUGUUUCUAAUUGGUGGCAUUGUGGAAAACAGAUUCAUGAGUAUCCAUGACCUUAAACGAUAUGCUGAACUGCCAUCUCUACAAAGUUUACAGGGUCAACUAGUUGGCACACUCAGUUACCCAAUCCAGUCUCUUUCACGCAGUCUCGCAUAUCACCAGAUGGAGCUGUCUUCUUCUUUGUCACGAUACAUCACCGACCAGACUUUACCAGAAAGCAAAGAAUGUGACACAUCAUCAAGCCAAGAAUAAAAAAUUCAACCACGAUUUUGUACAUAACUGAAAUAAUGUGUUUAGGCAGUCGUAGAUGCAAUAUUCUCCACCUCUAAAGUGAAUUGUCAGUAUGGAAACUAAAAUUUCCUUCUGUCAUCACUUGGCUAUGUUAGGUGAAUGACAUCCUCAUGAUAACAUCCAGGUGCUUCAAUGUGCUAUGCUUUCAGAAUAGUUUAAAAGUGGUAGAACCUUGCAUACAGUUUAUCCUUGAGUAAGAAAGUGAUGACUUACUUCCCUUUGUGGAUAUCAGAUCUUUCAAGCAAGAACACCAGCUUCUAAAUCUACCAGAAACCUACUAACAAAGAAAACCUCACGUAUUUCUCAUACCCACAACAAGAAAAUGAAAUGCAGAGUAGAGUAUGCAGCAACAAAUUUCAUGAAGAGGAAUGACAUUGUUACAAAGUGUUUCUCUGUAUUAAAAUAUCAUAUUUAUUUCAUGAAUAACUACAGAUGGAGAGCUCAUCAUAUACUUGAAAACCCCAAGACAAAACACAAUAACAUAGGCAUAUCAUCUUGCCUGCAGGAAGGUAGCUAACAUUAUCGCAUUAGCCCUUUAACCCUUUCAGGGUCCAAGGCCCAAAUCUGGAGUCACGCACCAGUGUCCAAGAAUUUUCAAAAAAAAAAUUUGUUAUUUUUUCUUAUGAAAUCGUAGAAAAUCUUUUUGUGAAGGUAAUAAAACAAAAAGUACGAAAUUUGGUGGAAAAUUGACGAAAUUAUGCUCUCGCGAAUUUUGAUGUGUCAGCGAUAUUUACGAAUCGGCGAUUUUGCCGACUUUGACUCCCAUUUUAGGCCAAUUACAUUAUUCCAAUCAACCAAAUUCUUAGCUAUUUCACUAGUAUUACUUCUAUUCUAUCGAUUGAGCACAAGAAAUCGCCAAGUCAACUGUUUCAACUACAAAAUAAAGUGAUCGGAAAUUGUUAAUUUGGCCAAUUUAACACAAAGUUCAAAAUAUUCCAAUUUCAAAAUAGGGUCCAGAAUGAACAAUGUAGGCAUUCCUGGCACUAAACUAACAUUUCCUCUGUUCAUUAGUUAUGUUUUGAGGCUUUACAAAUAAAUUCCAUUUUGAUUUUUUAUUCACAUAAUGAAUUUUUAUUCACACCAAAAAAUAGAAGAUUUACUGUUAUGCAAUACUGUAAUAAUUGUAUAAAUAUCAUCACCAUAUUUGUGAAUGUAUAUUAGACCCACCAGCUGACAUGUAUUAGACGUGUGAGGUCGUUUGUUUACUCUUGAAUAUCGGCAAAAAUUUAACAUUUCCGCUACUUUGAGCUCAGUUUCAAGCCAUUUCCAAUGCUAAAACCAAUCAAAAUCAUCUCUAUUUCUGUAAUAUGUCUUCCAUUCUAUCAAAUGAGACCAAGAAAUCGCAAAUACAACUAUAAAAAACAUACGAAAAACACUGCAAAGUUGCUGUUUUAAUCGAAAAAUCAUGAUUUCAUUUUUUUUCUCUCAUUAUACACAGUGUGCUGCAGGAUCUGUUUUAUGUGGUGCACACAUACCACAUAGAUGUAUUCUCUCAUAUCUAGGCCCAAAUGUACCACUCACAGUUUAUCAGAGUGAGCUGAGCUCAUGGCGUAGAUCUACGGUUUGGACCCUGAACGUAAAGCCGUAGAUCUACGGGACGGACCCUGAAAGGGUUAAUGAACAGUGAGACAAACUCCACUAUCUUGAUAUCCAAAACCAAUGAUGCCCUUACUAGAACCAUCCUUUCUAACCAUUCUGAAAUCAAAACUGGAGUCUAUAUAAUCACGUGCUUUGUACAUGUUGUAGAAGAAACUUAUAAAUGAUGUUUCACUCUGGGUGGAGCUUUAUUAAGUUUGACUUUAUUUGUCUGCAAUAUCUACCAUCUGACAUGAAAUGACAGCUUUUUAUUUUCCAGAUCAAAAUUCCCAAAUAGUUUUCCAAGCUAGUGCAAGUCUAAAGACAAAUGUUGGUAGAGGUAGAGUGGUAUUUUCAGUUGACUUUAAAUAACAAAAAGGCACAAUACCGUGACUGGAACAAUACACAGAUAACCCGCACAUAAAAGAGAGAAGCUUACGACGACGUUUCGGUCCUACUUGGACCAUUGACAAAGUCACACUAACAGAGGUGGAGCAGGACGGCUAUAUAUAGGCAGGAAGAGGUGGUAGUAGUAGUAGUAGUAGUACGUCGUCGUAAGCUUCUCUCUUUUAUGUGCGGGUUAUUUGUGUACAGUUGACUUUCUUGCCUUUAACCUAAAAAUAUGAUUAUACAGUUAAGGUAAGCCUUGAUUUAAGUAGCUCCUUUGAAUUAAAUAUGAUUUACAAUGUUAUCCCAUAUUACUGCUUGCAUAAAUAUCAACUUUACAAGGUUGUUAGUCUCUCCAAAAAUUAAAUAAAAUCACAUUUGGCCUGAAAGCCUUAGUGUGAAUUAUUCUGGCAUAUAUUUGGUAUUCUGGUACUUUGUAGUAUACCACAGCUGAAUACUGAAAGUUAUAUCAGCCGGGGUCCAAGACAUUUUGAAUCAGUGAUCCAUCCAACUUGAUUGACUGAACAUCUAAUGGAAAUUUUCAAGUGAAAAUUUACAAAACAAGAUGCAUAGCAGUAGAAAUAAAAUGCAUGACAUGCAUUUGAAUAUGUUGCAAUUGCAUUAUGGUGAAUGUAUGAGCAUAAAUCAACGGAGUUGAUUAAAGAUUAUUAAGAGA